UGACAGCGCCUGUGUCCAUGUCAGCGUAGACGCACCAUCGUUUGCGUUGUUAUCAAAACACAAAAUAGAAAACACAUUGCUCUCCAGUGAUAUAGAAAUCUACCGGGUCCCAUUGGAAAUUAUAACAGUACUAGUCUAUCGAAAAAGCUAGUGGCAAUUCAAAUAAAUUAGUUCGGUAUUGCAAUAGUAGGUCAAAUUAGGAAGCUAUCGCCAAACGUAUCCGUUAGUCACCUAACUAUCAAGCCAACUUAGAUUGAAAAGGUUUAAAUAAUUUUAUUGCAACCAACGAUGAAACGGCCAACAUAUGAACGAGUCUUUGUGACUGUCGGAACAACACAGUUCGAAGACCUGAUUGAUACUGUCACGGACUCGCCGGUGGUAGCUGAGCUACGUAGGAUGGGCUGUAGGAAAUUAGUGCUCCAAAUAGGCCGCGGCAGAAACCCACAAAUAAUCAAAGAAGUUUUUGGAAACGACAUCGAAGUGAGAUUUUACGACCUCAAGGCCAGUAUCGCCGAAGACAUCCAGCAGGCGGAUUUAGUUAUCAGCCAUGCCGGCGCCGGAAGCUGCAUAGAAGUGCUGGGAGCCGAGAAACCGCUCGUGGUGGUUGUGAAUGAAAAACUGAUGGACAACCACCAAACGGAACUGGCCGACCAGCUGUCCAAGGAGGGAUACUUGAAGUAUUGCACACCGUCGACUUUGGCACAAACUCUGGCGGAGAGCAACCUUGGACAGUUGAAGAAAUUCCCUCCGGGAUCUGUGCAAGAUUUCAUCAGUUAUCUGGACGCUUUUAUGGGAUUUUAGAAGUAAGACUCUCCAUUAGAUGCUUUAUACAUAUUUAUUAUCGUAGGUGUUUCCAAUACGGUUAAUUAUGAUAUUUUCAAUAAACUUUUUAUACUGUUUACCUACAA